AUGCUGUUCGCGCUCGACGCCGUCCGCGUCGAGCGCUUGGCUACGCCGUCUUCCACGACCGCGCAGGAAGUGGCUUCGGAGGAGCAGGAUCCCGAGUGGGAGUGCGUCUUCUACGACUGGCAGCAGGGGGGCAAGUGUCCCGACGGGGUGAUCGCGGACGGGUACCAGUACCGCUUUUUCGGUGAGGACACGCCCUGCUCCCCAUGCUGGUGCUGCAAGUCUCGCGCGGACGGCGAGGCGGCGCCCGCCGCGCCUGCCGUCGCGGCGCCGAAGCAGGACGAGGAGGGCGUCGAGUGGGAGUGCGUCAACUACGACUGGGAGGCGGGGGGCGCCUGCCCCGAGGGCGUCCUCGACGGGUACGAGUACCGCUUUUUCGGCGAGGACGCGCCCUGCUCCCCCUGCUGGUGCUGCAAGUCCCGCCACUCGGACGGCGCGGAGGCCGCACGGACAGCCGACGCGAAGGCACCUCCCGCAGACGAGGGAGAAGCAGGUGCGGCAUCGACGCCAGCAGCGCCUGCGUCUGGGAAGCAG